AGCUGCAGAGCAGGACUGGGCUCCUCAGCAUGUCCCCCCAGCCUGUCCCUGCCCAGAGUGGAGCGGCUGUGCAGAAGAUCUGGAGCUGAAGCCCCCGACCACCUUCGGCGGACACCCCGGAGCUCCCAGAUUCUACAGCAAUAGCUCACAAUGGAUUCUUGGCUGCAGUGCUGGAGCCUGGCUACUCUGCUCUGCUCCCUGCUCAUCCAGUGCAGCACCGCAGCAGAUGAAAAAAAUGGAAGUCUGAGCCUCAACGUAGAGGAGAAAAACUCCAACCCCAAGGAAUUGGCUGCUGGGGUUCUUCAUACUCUUCUUCAGAAGGGGGUGUUGGAUGUGGAGAAGUCAGCGGCUCGGAUACUGGGAUCCGGUGGAGAAGACUCAUUCAAAGACAUUAAAUCCUGGGGAGUCAAGUCCAAAAAAUCUCAAAAGAAGCUCCCAGCAUCAUCUGCAGCCUCUACGGGAGGUCAAGUGUCUUCAGAGGUUCUUGAUGGCCAAGCCAAGGAGAUCUCCUCUACAAAAGGUACAUUGAGCCUUCCUUCUGCUGCAGUAAAGUUACAGAACGAGUCGUUGACUUGUGUCGGAUGUGGAGGAGAUACGUACAAUGAGAAACCUCCCUCUAGGUCAUUGCUGUCUGAACAUGAUGUUGACAAUGUGGAGUCAGUGACUGGCCUGGUAUGGCCUCUUGACCAAGGUACCAUUGACUUUGACUUUAGAAAAAGUUUGGUCAAAGGAGAUAGACCCUCUGUGACUGAAAGCCAAGAAGAUUCUGGAAGUGGUGACCCUCACAUGAAAACUCUUUCAGGUCAAGUCACACGGUCUGGGUCUGAAAUAGGUUUAAGUGACUUAAUGGACACAGAGACUUCAACUCUCUCCCAGAUAUCCACCACUGACAGCAUCACUCCCAUCAACAUGUCUACGGAAAAAGCCAUCAGCCCAGACUCUGCAGAGAUCGACCAUCUCCUACAAGUGUCCAGAGAAACAGUCCUUCAGCCUCCAUCUUCUUCAGUUUCUGACCAGAGAGAGGUCACUUUUGAGACAGGGAAAUCCCAGGAGCCUACUAUGGAGAAGUCAUUAGAGCAGUUGGCAGGCCAGGGAGUCGAGGGUGGCACCAAUAAGACUCUGCUCACCGAAAAACCCCAAGAAGAUUUUUCUUCUACUAGCAUCCCCCUUAAUGGUCCUCUGAAGCCCUCUGAACCCCCAUCUGACCCUCUAGACCUAGACUAUCAUGAACGCUCUAAUUUGGAGGACCACUGGAGGUUUCCUCAUUUUCCGGGAUCGCCCUUUGCUGGUGUGGACUCAACCAAAUCCAUUCAUGACAAACUUGGCCCUUGGCACAAGACGGUCCAUUAUGAUGACUUCCCACCUUUUGACGACACAUAUUUUUACCCCACUCCUUCCUUCUAUGCAGAUGGUUAUGAAGAAGUAGGCAUCGAGGAUGACGAUGAAGAUGACGAUCUUGAGGAAGUUGAUGAUGAAGAUGACAUCACUGCCAGGGGAGUUGGAGACAUUCCUAAAGUACCUACCUCAACUCCGAACAUACAGACUCCAGGGUUCGAUACAAAACCAACCGGUAGACAAAAUGUCUUCUUCCAUGGAGAGCUCCCACCCAAGUCUUACCCUGAUGGUAACCGGGAUCAAACCCACAGCUUGUCAGGGACACACGACAACAGCACUGAGUGCCGGAGCGGCUAUGUGAGGCGCAACAACACGUGCAAGUCAAUAUGUGACAUCUACCCCACCUACUGCUACAACGGCGGUCAAUGCUACAUUGUGGAGAACAUAGGAGCGUUCUGCAGGUGUAACACGCAGGACUACAUAUGGCACAAGGGGCUGCGCUGUGAGUCCAUCAUCACCGACUUCCAGGUCAUGUGUGUGGCCGUGGGCACCGCCGCGCUCGUCGUCCUCCUGCUCUUCAUGAUGACCGUCUUCUUUGCCAAAAAACUCUAUUUACUCAAAACUGAGAACUACAAACUACGUAAAAGAAACAGGUACCGGACUCCCUCCGAGCUCCACAACGAUAAUUUCUCGCUCUCCACCAUUGCGGAAGGCUCCCACCCAAAUGUAAGGAAACUAUGCGACACUCCAUCUAAACUGUCCCCCCAUGUCCGUGCCAUGGCUUACUAUGAUAACGUUAUCUGUCAGGAGGAUCCCAACGCUCCUCAGAAGGUGCAGGAUCUGCCCAAGGCUUGCCUGAAAGACGAGGAACCUUUCAACAUACAGAACUCUCUGUCGCCCAAGCACGAGAGCGUCAAAGGGGACCCAGAUAUUGUCGAUGUCAACUGCGUUCUUAACAACUUAACAUGAGGAAAGAGCGAAGACUUAGAAGAUGUGAGCACCAUCUUCUUGGAACUUCUUCAGUGCCGAAGGAGCCAGUGAAAAAGCCAGUCACCAUUUCCUCCAGCACUGACAGAGUUCAACAUUUCAUUACCACACCGCCCCUCUAAUGUGCCCCCAUUCCUUGGCAUGCUUUGAUGUAUUUUGUACAGAGAUAUGCAAAAAAAAAAAAAAGAAAAA